GAGAGAAACAAGCAAAGGAACCAGAAGGGGGACGGGGGACCGAAGAGCGAGAGCCGGACUGGAUCGCACUGGGCACGGCAGGCACCCUGGGUCUGGUAGCGGAGCCCGGAGCAAGGCGUCGCCAUCCGUUCGGGAGUUGGAACGGGAAAGGGGAUCAGAGCGGAUCUGGGGGGGAAGGAAGAGGAGGCGAGCAGGCAGGAGAGGAGGAUGGUGUCGCCGGUUACCGUGGUUAAAAGUGAGGGGCCUAAAUUGGUACCUUUCUUUAAAGCUACCUGUGUAUAUUUUGUCCUCUGGCUGCCAACCUCUAGUCCGUCAUGGUUCAGUGCAUUGAUCAAGUGUCUACCUAUCUUCUGUCUCUGGGUGUUCUUGCUGGCUCAUGGAAUCAACUUUCUAGGAACACAUCCCAGUGCAAGAAAGAUCUUGGCAGGCCUGAUAUUUUCUGCUUUGGGGGAUGCAUUUCUUAUCUGGCAGGAACAAGGAUACUUUGUUCACGGCCUGCUAAUGUUUGCCAUCACGCACGUUCUCUACUCCUCAGCCUUUGGAAUGAGGCCCAUGAACCCUGAGCCUGGUUGUGGGGUGGUGAUUAUCUGUGGACUCUCUUACUGGUUGCUGUACCCGUACCUUUCUGGUCCCUUCACCUACCUGGUGGCAGUUUACAUCGCUCUGAUCGGAUUCAUGGGCUGGCGUGCCAUUGCAGGGGUGCAACUCUUCAACGACCUCUGGACGUGGACCAAACUAUGUGCCUGCCUUGGAGCCAUGCUUUUCAUGGUGUCUGACCUCACCAUUGCAGUCAAUAAGUUCUGCUUCCCUGUGCCUUACUCCCGGGCCAUCAUCAUGGCAACUUACUAUGCUGCCCAGAUGCUCAUUGCUCUGUCAGCAGUGGAAUGCAAGGAUGAUAAUGAUAGAAACACCAGAAAAAUGAACUGAUGGACAAUCUCCCCUUGCACAAUAACAAGAAAGUAUUGCUGAGUUCCAGUGGGACACAGAAACCUGGAAAAACUAUGGUGUGAAUCUGAUUUAGAGCCACAUGAUUUAUUUUCAUCGGUUUGCUUCUGUGUUAGCUCGUUGUUACCUCCAUGAAGCAGUCUUCAGUCAGGAGGGUGUAAGGACUGUGGCUAAUGCCAGCUUAGGUGGGUGACCCCUGAUGAGAUGGUCUUUCUCCUGCUGCAGUUUUGUGCAGUGAGUUCUCUGCCCAUCAAUAACUUGAUAGAAGUUGUCCAUAUUCAUUUCUGUUAUCAUCCCUAGAAUCAGAGUGGGAGAAGGAGAGCAAGCGAGCAGGUCUCAAGAUAGGAAAAAACUGAAUUUUGUGACUGUCAAGUUAAUCUCAAACUUAGCCUCCUAACAACAUUUCUAAAUGCUCUUUCAAAAUUUGGAAGCUUUAUAACCAAUAUCUGUGAAUUUAUGUAUGUUUUGAGAAGAGAUUAAACCAGCAUUUGGAUGGAAUUGGAUAGAUUUGAAAGUGAAGAAUAUAAAUGAAAAGGAUACAUUCAAGGAUACGAAAACUAACAAAUAGAAAAAGAUCAAGUCCAUUCAGUUUAUCCCACACAAAUGUGAUAGUUUGCGCAUUAUAAUAGAUCUGUUCCCCAGUCCAUCUGGAAUCUAUGUAAUCUCGGAGAGAUCAAAAGCAUAAAAGUCCAGGCCACUUGGGGAGAAAAAAAUGCAGAAAAUUCUCUUCAGACCUCUUAAAGCAAUCAAACUAGUCCAGGAGACUACUCUUGCUUUGAUUAUAUUAUACAGUACCUACCUCUUGUUUAAAAAGAAAUAAAAUCACUGCUUCAGGGAAAGAUUAGAGGAACAGGAUUACAGUAGACAACUCCAGUUGAAUAGCUGGCACAAUUUUGAUGGCCGAAUAUCUUCCUCCUGUGCUGUGGCUUGCACAAUUUUUUAAAAUGGUGUACCUUUUGCUGUGAUGCUCUUCUGUGCAAGCAUGCUUCAUAUUCUGGAAAACAUUUGGAGCAUCCAACAGAAGGAAUCUCUCCCUUACAAAAUAAGGUGCAUUUCAAUCUUUUACUCUUAAGUAAACAUCAUCUUUUCAGCGUUGUGGAUUGGAAAAAACCUACCCUUUGCUGUUCUGUGGUGCAGAGAAUAACAUCUGUUCUUUUUAUGCAUUGCACUGUGGUGCUAUUUUAUACAUAUAUGUCUGUUUGUUGUUGUAAUUUACUGAGUAAGUGCUGAUAAUGUGGACAGAUGGGCAGACAAUUGAGGAAAGAGUAUCCCUGAUUGGGAUGUGUUGGCCAAUGGGUGAGACUCCCCAUUAUUUAUUCUGAAAAUAAUUCCAAUGCUUUGGUUUUACUAUGCAACUUUCCACAGAAUUUAAACUCUUAAUGAAAAUGUAACAACAUCUCUUCAGUGCACAGUUUAUUUUGAAAGUACAUCAUUAUGUUAUGUUCUGUUUCUCCUGUGAUUUUCUCUUCUACCCUCCCCCAUCUUGAAGGUGGUGAGACAAGGUGGGAUUUGGUUUGAAGGAUGCCAUCUGGUAUCUCAUCAUAUAACCAUAUACAGUAUAAGCUAAUGUAGUGAAGUGUUGGCUGAUACAUUGGGUGAUGGAAGAUUACAUAACUGUGGUGGCUCAGUCCUGCCCUCACCCAUUGUCUAGACAUGCUCAAUUUCCAACAGGGCUUACUGAAUACCGAUCAGGAAAAGGAGCCUUCCAUUUCCUCCCUUUGCUCUUUCCAACAAGAAGCACCCGGGAACUUUGGAACACUUAUAGUAAUUUGGGAGUGGUUGACAAUUGAACCUGAACCUUAAUGAUUUGUACAGCAUAGCUUUUCACUUAACAAAAUAAGCAAACUGCUAAUUUCAAAGGUCAUUUGGACUUAACUUUCUGACAGAGUUUAAACUCUGUAGAUUGUUCUUGCAUAGUAAGCAGAAACACCAGAAACUGAAGGCCACUUUCUCAGUAUACAUUCCUUUAUUGUAUUUAUUUUUUUGUACAAGCACAUGUGCAAUUUGCACGCCUAGGACUACGAAUUUACCAAGGUUUCUAAAUGAAUACAUUCAAGAUAAAGAAAUAUCCAGUGGGAGUUCUUUCUCAAAUAACCUGUUUUAAGCCAGUUUUCUCUUGUUUCUGCUGGUAGGGAACUCUGAAAUGUCAGAUCUUUUUUUUAAUUAUAUAAUAAGGGUUGGUGAGGGAGAUGCUUUGAACCAACAAAAUACUGCUACUGGACUUAGCAACACACCCAAAAUGCUGGAGGAACUCAGUAGGUCAGGCAGCGUCUAUGGAGGGAAAGAAACAGUUGAUGUUUCGGGUUGAGACCCUUCAUCAGGACUACUGGAUUUAGCUUCCCUUUUAAUAAGUUUCAUCAGAGCACAGCUUUCCUUAAUAUUAAUUUAUUUUCUCUCACAAUAAGUCACUCAGUGUUUUUCUUAUUUAAUUUGGGGACUGUUUUCAGCAUCACCUGAGAAUGUUUAUCGCCUAACAGUGUUACUGACAAGAAUGUUAAAAUGUAGGUAAGACUGCUUACUGAAGAUUUCAACAUAUACAGUCAUGAGAAUAUCUUGUCAGUAUAGAGACAGUUAUUGUUACAGAGAACACUGCAUGUUUGUAUAACCAUUUCCUGUACAACACCAUAUAGUAUGUAAUUGCCUACUGUUCUUACACCACAAAAUCAGCUGUGUGCAACUGUCUCCUGUACCUACUGAUCAACAUGCUUUAAUUAAAAUCACUUAGAACAGAUCAGAGAUCAAACUUUGAAACUUCCUUGCUUUGCCAUUCACUUGCUUUUAUCAGUUGAGCUGUCAGGGAUAGAUAAUCUUUGGAUAACAUGAUUGAUUUUUAAAAUUAUGAAUGUUUAGGGUUAACCAAUAACACUGUAAUCUUUAAGUUUUUCGAAUGGAAUCAUAACCAUAAAGGCUGACUUACUCUAACCAACAAUUUUGGUGAGGUGCAUGCCACAGAUGGUGAAAAAUAGUAAUUUUAAUUACAUCUCAGUGUUGUGCCCUGCUUUUCAGCAAACUGUAAUGGUGGAUAUGUAAAACCUUUAUGCCAUGUCUACUUGAGCUUCUGAAAAAUCCUUCCAACAGAGGUUGUGAUAGGAAUGAAUAUUCUAACUAUGUAAAGCUAGGGCGAAGUACUAACUCUUGCAAGUUUGUCUCCAGUGGUGUUAGAGAAGAGACUUUGAGAUGAUAAUGAAGCUUCAUGUACAAAAAGCAUAUUGCAUGUUACAAUAUACUGGUUAAAGUGAUUUUGUUCUUUCCCUUACCACUGAGUACAUUGUCAUAAAUACACUAAGGAAGCACAAUCUAUUUGACUAAAUACUGAGGGGCUAUUUAUUAAUAUGAACAGAGAAUUGUUUAUAAAAAUGUUUUUAUGUUCAUAAUGUAACACAGUAUACAAAAUUGUCUCUAGCAAGUGGAGUACAUGCCACAAAUCAAGUGUUUAAGAUUUAGAAUAGACAAAGUAAGACCGUUCUAACAUAUUCUUUGAACAUAACAUACAAACCUAGGUGAAGAACUAGUGCAGGGUAUUACCUAGUUUAAAAAGAGCAGCAAUAAAGACAAAAUAAGUGAAUGUUACAGUUUUUUUUAAUGCUGAUAACAGGGAAAUAUGGAGGGAUGUGAGAAGUUCCACACCAUUGAGCCCAUUGUGAAGAAUGUGUUAAAGUCAGAUGAAUUUUGAUCUGAACAAAAGAUAUGUGAGAAGGUUAAGAGUAUAGGGUGGAACUGAAAAUGAAGAAGAGAGGAAGGUCAAAGGACCAUUGACUGCAGUAUUACUGUACCAUGGGUAAAUAUAACAGGUUACAAUUAAGAAAGGCUAGAGGCUCAAUGUCAAGUAUCUCUUGUUAUGCAGCAACCACUUUCUUGCAAAAUGUCCAUGGUUAUGAGAGAGGGGCAGGAAUAUAUUGUGAAUUUUAAAAUAUGAAAUGUAAGAUCUUUUUAGUGUUGACUUUUAAGUUAACAUUCAGAUGCUAGUGAAGAAACCGACCAUGCAUGCAUACAGCAGCUUUUUUCACUUCAGAGAGCACUAAUAACUAACUUAAUAUUUCAAGUUCCUAACAUUUUAUCAUCUUUUCUUCACCCCUUUCCAAUUUAAACUUAGUGAGACUGGUUAUAUCUCCCUUUCUGCUUUUAGUUUAAAUUAGUUGACUCGGAUCACCAAAAAUUGAUUUUUGGAUUAAUUCAGGACAAAUGAUGCUUUGAAUUGCUUUACAGCUAUAUGUUUUGUGUCUGUUGAAUUGAUUGAGGUUCAGAAAGGAAGUUAUAUUAUUGCUGAAUCACAGGUAGCUAUGAGAAUGCUGAUUGUGGAUGAGAUUGUGUUUUGCAUAUAUUUCAGGAGUUUGUGAUCCCUGUCAGUAGUACUUUGCAAUAGAUGUUAUUUAUGCACUGAACUAAUGAAACUGCAAUUGAAAAUCUAGUUAGUUAAGUUGUAGCUUUGGAGUGACCUAAUAUACAUAAUAUGUACAGUAUAAGCAAAGACUAAUGGAUCAAUCAGAACAUGAAUGGUAAGUGUACAUGUUAAUGCUGGUACUUGUGCAGUGUAUUCCGGGUUAAAGGGAACAAUUUCCUGUUGUCUGGCAUAUUCAUCUCUCCAUAUAUCAAAGUUAACUCAGAUAUAAUUUAUUCAAAGUAAAAGGGAAUGAUUCUCUCCUGUCUCAAUUUCAGCUCUAGCAACUUUUGUACUGAUAAAGAUUGUCUGACGUCAAAGGAGAUACUCUUUGAGAAUGGGGUGUUGAUGAAAUAUUCAUACAGCUGGAAUAUCAAGUGGAUAUAGCAUCCUUUCUCGUGGCAUUUUUCAUUCAUGAAACUUGUAGAUAUUUUGCUUAAAUUGUGUUUGGUUCUGCAUGUGAGAAUUUGUCAUUGUGAUUCAUUUGGAAGUUCAGUUGACUUUGUCAGAAAGUUGUCAUUUCAAAUCCUUCAAGAAACUAGUUCAUAUGUUCUUGGCCUGACAUUUUGGUGAGUAGGUGCUGUUUUUUUCUAGAUGUUGUCCUUUCAUUGAAAUGCUAAAAUGAGAUCAUUCUUGCCCAUUUAUAUGUUAUAAUCCCAUUCCAAAGUAUUGGAGUGCUCUUGGAGUUUUGGCCCAACAUAUCACUCUCUCUGUGAACACCACCAAAAAAGAUUAAAUGGUGAAAUCCUUUCUUGGUGGGGGAAAUCAUUACACUUGAAGGCAUUUAUAAUUCCAUCUGCUGCAUUUUGAAUUUCUGUAAUGUUGAAAAAGUGCUUCAUAUAUGCAGAUUUUUUUUCAUGGAUUGGUGUUGGCCUUUGUUUAAGCAUUUAAUCUAAACUUGGGAAACAAAUUUAAAUUGUAAUCUUUUUUCUAAUUCAUAUCAUUUAUCAAGAAUUUAUUGGGAACCAGAAUGAAAACAACAGUUUUUAUUUCAUGAAUACUUAAUUUUCUCAUUUCUUUCCUGGGGGAUGGAGCAUUUUGCUGAAGACAAGUUACUGGGCCUUGGCUGCCCUUCAUUAUUUUUCCAUUUUGGAUGUAUGCAAGUAAGCAGCUACAGAGUCGCUGAGACCAUACAAUCAAGACUGGUCUGCCCUCACCCAGCACCUACAUAACAUAUUACAACAGAAAAUAUUGGAUAUGGAUUUGGCACAGGAACCCCAAGUGACUUCUCUCUCUGAAAGGCAUUAUGGCCGAUUGUACCUGUUGACCAUCAUUAAAACCUGUGUAUUGCAGUGAAAGGGUUUCACUUUUUUUUUGGAUAAAAUUCUUGACUUCUACAGUCUGAUCACUAUCCUACUCUACUUUUUAAAAACUUUUAUUGCCAUUAGGUCCAUGCUGAGCAAUCCCAUCAGUCCCAUUCCCCUUAAUAUCACAUAAAAUUCCUUUGAAACUUGUGAAUUAGUGUUAACCCAUUAAUUAGUAUCCAUUGUCAAAAUAGUAGACAGAGAAAUUUGACAUGGACACAUUAAGUGCCUGAACUAUGAUAUUCCUGUGAUAUUUUUAAUCCAGUUCCUCUGUACACAAUAAUCUAUUAAGAAAUAGUUUAUUGUAUAUAGGGCAGUAUUAGACGUAAUCAAAGGAGAAAUAUUUGAUAGAAACGCAAGCAAAACUUUGGUGUAGAGGUGAUUUUUCUCUUGAUCUUUUGCUGAAGAAUUGAUGUUUCUUUAACACAAAACAGGGAGGAAAAGGGGCCAGAGAUCCGUUAUGUUGCACUGCCCUUUAAUUAUCUGCACCCCUUUCUAUGGACACAACAGACCUCUAUCUGUUAACAUGCAUUACAGUUCUAGAUUGCGGGUACCCUAGUGUCCUUGAUCCAUUUUCCUUGGGAUCACCUAUUGAGUGCACAGGCCUUGAGGUGUCCAUAAAAAAAAACUCAAGUGAUGUGGUCUGAUCUGAGAGCACAUUGACUGGAUGUUUUCAGAGCUGAGGGGCAUGCUAAAGGCAAAAUGAUAACUGUUUUGUACCUCCUGUCGCUAGUGAUGCUGAUUAGCUAGAAGGUUGAAUGGCAUGUUUUCAAGGUUGCUUUGAUUACAGGCAUUUAUGGUAGGUAAGUUGGCAGCUGUGUGCAUAUCAAAUAUUUUUAAUGAUGUUUGUUUGAAACAAGUAAAACACAAGUAUUUUUGUAGAGCUUUCUACCUUUCCAUGUGAAUGAUGCAUUACACUUAUUUGUGGACAUAAUGGGGUGAGUCUUCAUCUCCAUUUUUGUUUAAGGAUCAAAUUCUCAAUAACUGCCCUAUUGUCUAACAGCUUCUUAAGUCUGGCUUUGAACCAUUCUGUAAACUAUUAAUAUUCCUAUUUCAUCACCUAUUAAACAGAUUUUCUUCACACCAAGGGCUCCACACCUGUGUCCAGUCAGUAUUAGUUUUUGGGAUAGACAGUCCAUAAAGUCAGUUGUUGUUGUAGCAUUCCUGAAAUGUAUUCCAUCUCCAAUUUUUCCCAUUUAUCUUUGAAAGGUAAUAUUUCACAAUGGCAAUGGUUCUAUUAGCACCAGCAUCUUUUCUGUAUUUUGCUCAAGUCGCUAUUCUGUAUCACUCAUGAGACCAGAAGCCAAAUGCUAGCAGACUUUCAUAACUCAGCCUAGUGCUAUUCCUACUCUACAUCCACAAGCAAACUUGCAAUAGUGGUUAUCAGGCAGCAUUUAGGUAUGGGGUAUCUGCCUGAUAUUUAUUCUCUUUCUAUCCAAGAGUAAGCAGAGGUCAGUUAUGGUGUUAGCUGCUUGCUUGGUUGAAAUUAUAUGUUUGUAUGAUCAUUGAUGACUUGUGGUCCAUUUGAGACAUUCUAGUUGUGGGGUUCGGGGUAUUUCCCAUUGUAAGGCUGCUAACUGGGCCACCUGAGUGCUAAAGUGCUUCAAAUCUCUGCACAAUCUCUUUGUCCUCAUUACUUUAUUUUGUGGAUAAAGUUUUAUUUAUAUUUUCUAGACUCUGGCCUGGUUUGUGCCAUAAAAUGAUUUACAUGAUGUGUAAACACAUAAUCUUCUUUAAUUUUUCUUGUGCAUUGUACAACGUCCCUAUAUAAUAGUACAGCUAAAGUCAGGAACUUGGAGUAGAUGGGGAGAGAAAUUUAACCCAUGUUUUAUUGUUGCCAGACCAUUGUCAAAUCAGUUUUUCAUUUUUUAUGUUCACUUUGUCAUGUGAUAUUUCUGAUUUGAAGUAACAUAUAUUGGCCACAGACAUUCUGUAGGGCAUUAGAAAGCUUCAUUAUAAAAAUGUUUUAUUUAUUAACUGAGUAAAUUUAUGACAUAUCUUGUUUCAAAAAAGGGAAGCACAAAGAACUUGAUUGUAAAGGUGCUGACAGAGUAUUAAUUGCAGUUGGAUGCUAGGCUGGUUCAGCUGCAACAUUAGAGGGACAAGUCUCAACUGCUGAAUGGUCUUCUUUUGCCUUUUCCUUUCUUAAAAAAACUGAGUAGAUAAACGCAUGUUAAAGGGAGCUAAGCCCUGAGUAUUAAAUAUUACAUUAUAGACAUGAAUUGUGUUUAAAGCAUAAGUUCCAUGAAUGUUUAAAGGAGUUAUUUGGCCAGUAAGGAACAUUUGUAUGUAAGACAUCUGUUCAGCAGUACCAAGUGGAAUGAAAGCUGUCCUUUCUAGCUGCAUAUUCUUUGAAGAGCUCUUAGGUUAAACUGAAGCUCUCCAUACAUGGUAAAAUUGUAAACCUUUUAAGAAACAGAAACAAAAGGAAGUAAAUAAUUGUAGCUGCUUUGUGGACUUCAUUCAUAUUGGAAAUGAUUGAGAAUGUAGGACUUCAAUAAAUUCCUGAAGUUAAAAACAAAUUUGAGAAACUGAUUGCUAUUCCUCACUUUAAUGGUUGUGUAGAGUUUUUAAGCAUGAUUAAGCAGAAUUCUAAGUGAACGUGAAUCUAGCUGCAGGGACAGCACAGGACUGAUUGCUGUUGGGUCUUUGCAAUAGCUAAAAGUGGGGUUUUCUGUUCUAUAGUAAUGAUCUGGAGAAUCCUAGUUUUACUUUCAGAGAGUGCAGGGUACUGACUCUCUCAGACAGAUAAUUGAGAUCUGUUGUAUCUUAUUAUAUGCCACUCUCCUCAUUUUGGACUGCACAUUGAUUUUUGUAUGAAUGUGGCAUAAGAUUGUAAUCCUAUUUUAAAGCUAUUUCUAUUAAAACGUUCCAAUUUUGUAAUUGUUGAAUCUGUAUACAGAGCAUUGCUGUAAAUAACUACCAUGCAAUAAUUGCUGUUGUAUUGAUUGCUUUACAAUGGGACACAAAACUUUUCAUAAUGGACCAUUUCAUGAUUUGUUGAUCUGUUUUGCCUAUCCUAUGAUGCCAUUGGCCAAUUCACAAGUAUAGUGUUACCAAACUGAGCAUGGAUAUGCUGUUGGUGUUACCCUGGUGCAUGUAAUGAGUAAACUGAAUUUUAUUAUUCAAAUGGGAUUUGUCUUCCAUUUGUACAUUUGAUUUGUGUAUCCUGGUUUUGUCUUUGCUUUCAUUGUAAAGUGCUUAAUUUUGACAUUAAAAAUAUUGGAGUGAAAUUGUUCAUUGACAAUACUAAAGAAUGGUAGGCUGUUGUUUGUUUAUAGGCAAAGACCAAUUUCACUCCAACUCUACCUGAGACUAAUGUUGCAGCCUAAUGUCUGUUAAUAAAUUAU